UUUAAAAUGGACCCUAAAACUGAGAUAGAAAAAGCUUAUGAAGAAGACUACUCUGAAGAUACUUUCCAAAGAGACUCUGAUAAUAUCGAUACUAAGAACCAAAUUAAAGACAUAAGCGAGGCUGACUCAGACAUAAACAAAACCGAGGCCGAAUUCUACGCAAAACCAAUCACAAAAAUAUCCUCCAUCCUCCCCUACAUCCCCUCCAAAUAAAUCCCUCAGGACCCUAAAAAUCCGGCACUGCUCCAACCUGACCUCUUCCGAAGGUAUCUCCAAACUCCCUCACCUCACCCACUUGGACCUCUCCCUCAACCACCUGUCCACCUUCCACGGUCGCAACCUCUCUUGCCUGGUCACGCUCAACUUAUCAUGUAACGAUCUUGCCAAAAUCCCGUACCUUCGUGACUAUAAAUUUCUGAAGACUCUUGACCUGUCGCAUAAUAGGAUUAAGGACUUGAGUCAGUUUAGAGAUUGAGUGUAUAUUCCUAUUGAGGAACUUAAUUUGGAUGGUAACCUGGUCACUAAAACUUCUGAUAUUGAGCAUCUGAAAUCCUUAAGAAAUCUGAACCAAGUCAGGUUCAGGGACCUGAAGAGGAAGACAGAUAAUCCUGUGUGUAAGACAGAAGGGUAUUUUAGGAAGGUGAAAGAGGUGGGGGUUAAGUGGAUUGAUGGAGUGGAGGUGGCUGAGGCAGGGGAGGAGGUACAAGACCCUGCCUGCCCUCUUCCUAGCUACAAUGACUCGCCUCCUAUUCGACAACUUGAUUUUGACUUUGAGCAAGAGAGAGUAGAUACAGAGAAAGAUAAGAUUAUUAGAAAAUUGUUGAUGAAGAAUAAAUAAGUUGAAUAAGAAAGUGAAAGGAGCGAAAGUUGUUAAACAUUCAAGGGUUGUGAAAAGUUGAACUAAAUGUCCCCAACUGGAAUCAGAAUUGUUAGAAGUUUUAGAAGCAUUAAGAUCAGCAAAUUCCAAAACUCAAGCCCUCAAAAAGAUAAAUUCAUCGCUAAAAAAAUCCCAAAAAGAACACCCAUCCUCAACUCCAAAACCCAUUCAGACACUUCCAAAUUCCCCUCCUCCAGACCCUACCUCCACUGACCUCCAACCCCUCACUUCCGAACUAGCCUCCUACAAACAACAAUGCUCAACAAUCCCUGCCAAAGAUCGCCAAAUAGCUGCGCUCCAGGCUGAGACCGCCUCACUAAGCCAACAACUAACCCAUUUGCAGCAAUCAUGAGUCACUUCUCAACAAGAGUGGGAAGUCAGGUACAAAAACAUGAUCCUCGAGAAGACAACUGUAAUCGACUCUCUCCAACAAGAGAUCCAAUCCAAGCUCGACCUUAUCGACAAAUCCCACCAAAAAGAAGUCAGUAGUCUUGAAAAGACCAAUCUAAACUGUGCUGAAGUCCUUAAAACUAAUUAUAGUUCAAAGCUAGAAUGCCUCAAACAGACUUAUGAAGACAUUGAAGAGAAACUGAAGAAGAGGCAGGAAGAAGAGAUUGAGAAUAUGAAGAAUGAGCAUAAGGCUAAGUUAGAAGAAGUUGGAAGAGUGAAGGAUGGGAAGAUUAAGGAGUUAGAAGAGCAAAAUAAAGAUAUAAUUAAGAAAUUGACUGAAUCUCUUGAAAAAGAAAAGAAUAAAGUUUCAAAGCAGUCCGCUCAGAUAAAAGAACUCACAGAAAUCUUGGACAAGUCCUUUAUUGAAAUCGAAAAGAAAGAUGCUAUCAUAAAAGGAACUGCUUGGUGAAAGAAAUACAUUCAAAAAGAACUAACCCAAAUAACCGCUCCUGUUGUCAGCACUAAGCCAAACUCUCAGGACAAUCAAAUUGCUGAUUUGGAGCAGAGACUGAGAGAUUUGGAACAGCAUAAUAAGAUUUUGGUUAAUAGAAUCUCCCUCACCGACCAAAACCUCACUAAAACCCAACAAGAACGCCAAGACCUCCAAAAACAACUCUACUCCAAAUCCCAAAUCCUAUCCCAAAUCGACCACGAAAUCCCAGCCAUGAAACAAGAAUUCGAAGAAGAAACCAACUUCCUUAAGGAAGAAAAUGCCCAAUUGCACGAAGACCUGGAAGAAAUCCAAGAAAUGCUUAAGACCAAGGAGAAAAUGCUGGAGGAUAAGAACGAAGAGAUCAGAGUUUUGAAGGAAGAGGUGACUGAACGGGAUAAAGAGGUGCGCUUUUGGAGAUGAUAGAGGUAGAUUUACAGAAUUUCAGUGAAGUUUGAGGAAUAUGAUGUCGAUGUUGACGCGAAAAGUCAGAAGGAGUAUUUUGAAGGAAAGUUGGAGAGGGAGUAUAAGCAGAAUGUGGUAAGGGUUCUUUUGUGAUGUUAGAAAAUAUCCAUGCAGCUUCAGCAGAUUGAGGAGGAUAAUGAGAGGUUGAGAGAAGAGAUUGAUUAUUUGGUUGAAAAAUAUGAGAAUCGGGCUAGCAGUCAAGUUUCUGAAUAUAGU